AGAUUUCUCCAAUCAAUAAAAUGCACAACCACGCAUCUCUAACGACCCAUUCCUCCCCCAUAACAAACUCCAGUUAUCCUUCCUCCUCGCCUCUCUCCCCUGACCACCGUCCAAAACCAUGGCCACCCUCAAAUCCGACCAACUCAACCAACUCAAGGAAAUCUUCGCCCGCUUCGACAUGAACUCCGACGGCAGCCUGACCCAGCUCGAGCUCGCGGCCCUCCUACGGGCCCUUGGCCUCAAGCCCACCGGGGACCAACUGCACGACCUCCUGUCCAACAUGGACUCCAAUGGCAACGGCUCCAUCGAGUUCGACGAGCUGGUCGAGGCCAUACUGCCCGACAUGACCGAAGCGGUCCUGAUCAACCAGGACCAGCUGGCCGAGGUCUUCAAGGCGUUCGACAGGGACGGGAACGGGUACAUCACCGCGGCGGAGCUGGCAGGCCAGAUGGCCAAGAUGGGCCACCCCAUGACGUAUCGGGAGUUGACGGAGAUGAUGAGAGAGGCUGACACGAACGGGGACGGGGUUAUCAGCUUUCACGAGUUUGCUAACAUUAUGGGGAGAUCCGCGGUUGAUUUUCUGGGUCUCAGCGUUUCGUAGACGAGAAAAGUCUAGAAACGCGAUGAUUUGAACAACGUUGUGCACAACAUGCCGAUAUGGCAACGUUUCGAUGGUAAUUGGGAUUUUUCAAUUCUGAAUGAAGCAAUGCCACGUUGACAUGUUGUGAACGAUGUCGUGUAAAUUGUUGUGUUUGUAGCAUGACCGGUGAUUUAGCGUAAUGGGUGCGGCCCGGGGGAAGUGUGAAUUGUGUUUUAUUUGGGGGGUGGAGGGAAGAAAUUGGGGGUGGCUGGAUUGAAGAAAGUUUGAUAGUUUCAGGGGCAGUCAUGAGAUUUUCACCUUAUCGAUUCAUCAUGGUUGCUUGAGCUUUCACGGGAUGGUGAUGUAUGGAUGACUUUGCUUGGUCUUAUUGACAUUUUCUUUUAA